UACCACAAUGCACCAUUCUACCCCUUGGUUUUCGGAAAUCAUGGCUGGGGACUGUUCAUCAAAGGUGUUUUUAUGUACAUUUUUUCGUGUUUUUUCUUAUUUAAAACAGAGGAAUGUAGACAGAGUUUGGCUUCGAGUAUAACUUUCCGUAAAGGCGUCAGGAGAUAUCUGAAGGUAAAACUCUAGUUGCAUCAGGAACGCUGAAACGUUUUGCUUGAUAGCUAGCUAACGAGUAAGACAGAUAGCCAGCUAGGAUCUGUAGGUCUGUCGCUGGUCCAAAUUUAGCUAUAAACUCAGAUCAUACUAAAUCAACUCGCCUUACAGGGGCUGUGAUUGUAUAACCGGUUCAUUACUUACCCGAUAUAAUAAUCGCUAUAUCUUGGGCAUAAUUGAACACUAGUUAUCAGUUCAUAGCUAUGUUCACCCCUGUAAAGUCGUCUUAUUUCAGAGUGAGUCCUACUACUAUCAACAGAGAACUUGGCAAGACCAAGAUGAGAUAGCAAGAGGAGUUGGAUAGUUACGCGACCGUGAACACGUAUUGAAAACUCCGUUCAGUCCGUGCCUUUUACCGGACAGAGAAAGAGAAACACUGACGCAAGCCAUGUUUGGGAGUCUUUUUGAGGAGGAGGAGGAGGGGGAAGGUUUUUCUCCAGCACCAUCCGGAGCUAGAAUGUUAAAGGGGGGAGAGGAGCCGCCUCCCCCCCGAGGAAGAGUGAAUCUCAGCGGGAUCAAAAACCAGGGAGGGACAUGCUACCUCAACUCCCUGCUCCAGACUCUAUUCUUUACCCCGGAGUUCAGAGAGGAGCUGUUCAGUUUGGGGCCGGAGGAAUUGGGCUGCCUGGAGGACAAAGACAAACCAGAGGCCAAGGUCAGGGUUAUUCCAUUGGAGCUCCAGAGGCUGUUUGCCCGUCUGCUCUUGGUGGACCAACAGAGCGCCUCCACUGCUGACCUCACUGACAGCUUUGGAUGGAACAACAGCGAGGAGAGCAGGCAGCAUGACGUUCAGGAGUUGAACCGGAUUCUGUUUAGUGCCCUAGAGCACUCCCUGGUGGACACCAGCGGUAGCACGUUCAUUCACCGCCUCUACCAUGGUACCACAGUCAACAGCAUCGUGUGCAUGGAGUGUGGCAACGUCAGCCAGAGACAGGAGGACUUCCUGGACCUGACGGUGUGUGUCCGUGGUGUGUGCGGCCUGGAGGGGGCACUCUGGGACAUGUUUGUGGAAAAGGAGAUGUUCGAAGGCAGUAACCUCUACCGCUGUGGCCAGUGUGACCUGCUGGUCACGGCCGCUAAGUCGGCCAAGCUGAGGAAGCUCCCUCCCUUCCUCACCGUGUCGCUGUUGCGGUUCAACUUUGACUUUGCGAAGUGCGAACGCUACAAGGAGACGGGUCGCUGCGCCUUCCCUCUCGUCAUCAGCCUCAGGCCCUUCUGCGAGCAGAUGGACGGAGAGGACUCCGAUUACUCCUACCAGCUCUUCUCUGUCAUCAUCCACAAGGGGGGCUGCUAUGGCGGACAUUACCACGUCUACAUCAAAGACGUUGACCACCUUGGCCUGUGGGAACCGCCGGAGGAUGAUUCCAAACCCAAGCUCCAGAAGAAGGAUGUCGGGGUGUGUGACCUCGAGCCGGAGAAAGACGACCCCCUGUCCGUGUUGUCCUCCAUAAUAUCCCAGGAUGCUAACAAGAGUGUUCUGCUGGACCAGCUGGGUCAGAGACUGAUGGACAAGAUUGGUUCUUCCUGGAGCAAGAAGUACAGGAAACACUAUGGCCCCAUAGGCAAGUUCAUCCAGAACCACAGUGAUGUGUUUGUGUUGGCCCAUAACGGCACUCGGGUGGCCCUGAAAGCCAACCCCCCUAGUCCGGUGACCCAGCCCCCCAGCCCAGUUAAACCCACCCUGGGUCCAGACCCAAACAACACCGUCGACCUCCACCCAGAACCACAACCGGAGACCACAUGUGAAGUCGAGGGAAGCCACUGGUUCGACCUGAACGACUCCACUGUAACCUGUAUACACGAGAAAGACAUUGAGAAAAUGUUCCAGGGAAGAGAGAGUGCCUACAUGCUGUUCUACAGGAAGACGACGCUGCGCAGACCUACGGAAGCCCGGAGGAAUCCUGAGUAUAAGGUCCCCCCUCACCUCUUCCAAAUGGCUGAAGAGGAGAAUAGAAGCCUACAACAAAGACGGGAGGAGUUGGAGGCCAGCAGUAACAGAGUGGAGCUGGUUCUCCACCUGGCGCCGCGCUAUAAGCUGGAGAACGGCGCUCUUCAGCCAAUCAGCGUGGAGCAAAACGAGACUCUCAGCUUCGACCGGCGUAAGACCGUGGGAGACCUGCGAAUGACCAUCUAUCAGAUGCAGGAUUUCUGGGAGGGGGAUAUGUCUCUGACUGUGGCCAAAAGUCUGCCAUCCGGCCUGCACCUCUAUAACACUCUGACAGAUGACGAGGUGUCUCUCUACAGUGCAGGCAUCUUGACUGGCACAGGUCUGUUUGUAUGGAACGGCAAGGAGGUGUGUGGGGCGGCUGUCCAAACAGGAGCCGAGUGGGAACCAGUGCUGCUGACCGUGGUACGCCCCUCUCUGGGAGAGGAGAAGGGGGAGGCAGGCAACCAGGUUGGGGGAGGGAGGGGAGGAGGUGAGGGGCUAUUGAAGGAGUCUAGGGGGUUUGCUGGUAAGGUGACUCUGGAUGAGCUGAGGGAGGCGCUAGGGGAGCCUCAGGAGAGCCUCCUGUGUCAAGAGAAGAGGGGAGGAGAGGGGGAGGGAGGGGGGCGUAGCGGGUGGAGGGUUUUCUGUCCAGAAGACAUGCAGAAGACCCUGAAGGAGCUUGCCUUGAAGGACGGGGACUCACUGCUGGUGCUGGAGCCACACGCACGAGACAACAGUUCGUUCAGUGUGAGUGGUGAUAUGGUGACUGUGACAACGCCUUCAGACUGUCGCUGGCUGCAAGUGGAAUACAGAACAGAAAGGGGAGGAGGUGACAGGAAGGAGGAGGAGGAGGGGAGGAGGGCCAAAGUUCCUGCAUCUGGAAACACGCUGCUGUUUGAGGUGAAGCAGAGGGCCAUUGAGGAGCUCCAGCUACAAGAGCAGCUCAUGGGUGUGGAGUGCUGUCUGAGGCAGAUGGAUCAUGCAGGGAAACUUCUACUCCCAGUGUGUGAGGAGCUAAGUGUUCGUGAUGCUGGCAUAAGGCUGAUGACCUCCCUGUCCCUCUGUCUUGGUAUGGCCCCUAAGAACACACAGUUGUUCCUGUACUACACUGUGGGGACAGCGCCCUCCUCAGGCCUGGAGGGGGACAUCAUUGUAGAACAGUCCUGCACAGUGAAACAGUGUCUCAAGGCAAUGUUGGCAUUAGCAGGACUUGAAGGGGACUCUUGGCAUUUAAGGAGGAUGGACUGGUGUGAGGAGGUUGGAGAGGCUUUGAUGGACGAGGAGGUGUCUCUGUCUGAACUGAAGUUGAAUCAUGGCGACACACUGGUGAUCACUGAGGGACGACUUCCUUCCAAGGGUUUUCUCAAGCUGUCAGUCUGGCUUUAUGUGGAGCCAAGUGCCGAGGGCCCUGGGGUCUCCAUGGAUAAAAGUGUGAACGACAAUGCUGAGGGGCCCAUGGGGGAUCAGAGAUUGGAAGUCAUGAGUGCAGUCAACAGGGCCAUGGCAGAGCUGAGGACUGUGGGACAGGUGGAGAUCUCAGAGGAGGCCACACUGGAAGAUCUCAAAACUCAGAUUCUGACCCUGCCAGCACUGCAGUUUGUUUGUGUGCCCAGUCCUGCAUUUGUGCGUUUGUGGCAGCUGGAGGGACACAGGCUGGGCCACAUCCUCCGAGGACAACAAGUCACACUCAGGAAGUUGAAGCUGAGCAGUGGAAUGGAGCUUUGUGUGCAGCAGCUACUAGGAGAGGAGGAUAUUGGUCCGAAGGAGGUGUUGCUGCGUGUCCAGAUGGGGGUGCCAGGGAAGAGGGAGUACUACCCUCCACAAGACUUGAUUUGGGACGCAUCUCGAGACCCCUCCCCCAGAUCGCUACGCUCCGCCCUGUCUCUUAGAUAUGGCCUAUCCCCUGACUCCCUGCUACUAGCCAAGCACAAGCCUCUCACACACACUUGGGAGACUAUCUCCAACUGGAGCCAGCAGGUGUCCAAACGGAAGAAGAAGAAAAAGGCGGAGUCUCUGCUCGGAGCACCCUUUCACCUCAAAGACGGGGACAUUAUUGGGGUCAAGAAUCUGUUGAUUGACAGUAACCGGGACUUCAGCACCCAACAGGAUGAAGAGAAGUUAAGGGAGGGUUUGGAGCAACGCAGGAAUGGACCGGGUGCCACAGCUGAACCUGGGAACAUCCAAUUUAAGGGACCAGAAAAGAAGAUUGUGCCAAUCAAGGCAAGGAAGCCAGAGGUGGCCCUGUCAAUCAACGUUGGGGUGUUCAGAUAGCCCCUCCUUAACCCCCCCAACCCAAAAACACACAUAAGCACAGACUCUCACAGUGGCAUCAUUCUGCACAUUGAGCAAUCUUCUGGACUUUGUGUGCCAAAUGUUUUUGAUGUGUUUACCGUGUGACCCUCAUAGAUCCUGUACGUUUUGCCAAGUCUGGGGUGGUGGGAUGACUUCCUGGGUAAAUUCGUACAUCCAUCUGUCCACUCAGUAUUACGAGCUGCUCUCUGUCUCCCUGUCACGUCUCAACCCCUUUCUUCUCUUAACUAAAUGAGAUCCACUAGAAACCACUCUCAAAAUAUUGGAUUUAUGAAAUAUUUAUUGAUGUAUUUUGAGUAUCUAUUGAGUAGUAUUGAUACAAAGGUGUAUAGAUAUGUACCAGUAAACUAUGAUAAUAUAGUACAAUAAAAUAUAUUAAAAGUUAGUGGGUUUAUAUCCUUGCCUUAAAAUGGAUGAGCUGUAACCCAACUCAGUCCUAAAUAGUCCUCCCUACCUCAUUUUUCUGUCUCUACCUCUCUCCUCUCUCUUGUGCUAAUUUUCUUUCCUUCCGCCACUUGUUUUUCAACAUUCUGUGCUGUGGCCUCAACUCAGUUCAUGCAUGGUAAAUAGUGUUUUUAAAUGCCAUGUGUUUUCUUUGUACCCCAUCCUACCUCUAUACCAGAAUUGAUCACAGUAAUUAUACAAUAAUUGUGUGUCUACAACUCAGAAUGGAUGUGUGUGUGUGUGUGUGUGUGUGUGUGUGUGUGUGUGUGUUUCUCCACAAGGAUAGUCAAAUAAAUAAAAUUCAGUUAGGGGGUUAGGUUUAGGGUCAAAGUUACAAUUGGGGUUAGAAUUAGGGUUAGUAGUUGAGUAAAGGUGAAUGUUUUUGGGGUAGGGAAAAUCAGAUUUGAAUGGAAAUAUUGUUUGAGGUCACCAUAAGGAUGGCAACAAGUAAAGUGGAUGUGUGUAUAAUUCAGGGAAAACUUUUAAUCAUUUAUGGAAAAUGUAUGACUACUAAUAUAUCAUGAAUUACUGUUAUUAAUUAAGUCUAGACAGUGAACCUGUCUUUGUUCUAGAUUUAACAAUUAAUCAUUUGAAAAAUUAUUUGAUUUCCCAACUAAUCUGAUGUUUUCAAAUUUGCCUUUGCUGAAAGAAUAUAUUAAGUUUGGUUUUGCUGGUGUUGUGGAUCAGUGCCAAGAAGCAAUGUUUGACCGAUUAUGUUUUUUCUGUUUUGGAUUAAAUACAGAAUAAAACAAAUUAAGAUUUA